UUCGGGCACUUCCUUUCCAAGAUGUCUGCGCCCAUGAUUUAUCAGAAAAUAACAAAAAUGAUAGUUAUUUUACUAUUUAUCCUUUGUGCUCCUUGGUUAGUCUUAUCGAAUACACAAGAGGAAGAGAUUGGUGAAUUUUUUAAAAGUGGUCAUACUAAUAAUUGGGCUGUGUUAGUAGAUACAUCAAGGUUUUGGUUCAACUAUAGACAUGUAGCCAAUGUAUUAUCUAUAUAUAGAAGUGUUAAAAGACUGGGCAUACCUGACAGCCAUAUUAUUCUAAUGGUAGCAGAUGAUAUGGCAUGUAACCCAAGAAAUCCACGGCCAGCUACUGUGUUUAACAAUGCUAAUCAACAUAUCAAUGUUUAUGGUGAUGAUGUAGAAGUUGAUUACAGAGGUUAUGAGGUAACUGUAGAGAAUUUUAUACGAGUACUGACAGGUCGUCUUCCACCCAGUACACCACGUUCAAAACAUUUAUUAUCAGAUGAAAGAAGUAAUAUAUUAGUCUAUAUGACAGGUCAUGGUGGUGACGGUUUUCUCAAAUUUCAAGAUGCUGAAGAAGUGUCUAAUGUUGAAUUAGCAGAUGCCUUUGAGCAGAUGUGGCAGAAGAGAAGGUAUCAUGAGUUGUUUUUUAUGGUAGAUACGUGUCAGGCCCAGUCUAUGUUUCAGAGAUUCUACUCGCCCAAUAUAUUAGCAGUAGCUAGCAGCCAUGUUGGAGAAGAUUCACUAUCGCAUCAUGUAGAUCCAGCUCUUGGAGUAUAUGUUAUUGAUAGAUAUACAUUUUACGCUCUUGAAUUCCUUGAAAAAGCUAAACCAGGCAGUAAAAAGACCAUGGGACAAUUUUUAAAAGUUUGUCCUAAACAUCAGUGUAUAUCAACAGUAGCCGUGAGAACAGAUUUAUUUCAACGAGAUCCAAAUCAAGUCUUAUUAACAGAUUUCUUUGGUAGUGUACGAAAUGUAGAGAUAUUACUUAAUACUUUAUCACUACCUAAUAUAACCUUAUCAUCAGAUACCUGCAGUAAAUCAAGUUGUGGAAAUGAAGAAGUAUCAUCUAGAAAUUUAAAAUAUGCUGAUCAGUUUCCAAUGCCAGUUUAAGAUUUACUUACUGUAGAUUUUUUGUCAUUCACAAGAUUUCAUAAAUAUUGUAUUAUCAUUCGUUUCAUCAUAACAUGUGUAUAUAUAAUCAUAUAUACGCCCAGUAAAAUAUAUCAACCACUUUUACUUUUUCAUUCUGAUAUAUAUCAAAUCAUAAGUUACUGUCGGAACCGUGGUAAAUUUUAAACUGAUUUCUUUGAUUAUGAACAAACUACUUUGGUUAUCAUAAAUAAUCUACAGGUUGCAAUUAUUAACAGUUCGGCGUGAUCCAUCAUAGGGUUGUACCUAUUUAUAUUGGUCCAUAUCCAACCAUCAGGAGCAGUGCCACGCCCAUUUUUUGUAUUUAGCGUCUAUAGGCUGCAAUUCUGAAUGAACCCUCUUGGAACUUGGCAUAUUUAUUCCUUAUACUGUAAAGACAUCAACUAUGUAUUUUGGUGCAUGCCCCGACCUCCUGGGGUGGUGUCAUACCCACUGUUUUGUUAAUAUUUAAUCUGUAAAUUUGGCAAAACACCUAGCCUUCUUUGCAUCUUGUCAUAUUACAGUCAUUGCAGCCAUUUCAAUCUCUUCAUUUUAAAAAGUACCAUAUCAAUCAAAGCAGGAAUGUGGACGUAUAUUGCAGCGAUAGCUAUUCUCUUGUUUUUGUUUUACACAUAAUUUACUCAUCUUGCAAUUUUUCAUGAAGACAAACUCACAUUUCUAGUGGGUUUUUUUUUUUUUUUUUAAUUUGUGACAAAUUUAUAAAAUAGUAAUAAAUGUUUAUUGUAAAUUAUUUCAUUGUUGUUAAAGUAUCACUUUAGUGUAUUGAUGAAAUAUCUGGGGAAAUACAUCUUUACAAACUCUUAGACAGUUUGGAAUUAAAAUAAGAUUAGACUGGAAUUCUGCUGUUAGUUUCUUAAAAAAAAACUUUUUUAAAUAUGGUAUUUGUUGUAAUUAAAGAGUGAUUUGUACAUGUCUAGUGUUAAAGUGCAAUUCUGCUGAUUCUUGGAGUCUAAUAUUUCACGUAUAUUUAUUACCUUGUUUAAUAUGAUUUAUUUACAUUGUAUGUAUAUUUGUAAGUUUAUUGAAUUGAAUGUAUAUUUUGCACAUUGUCAUUUAUAUUGUUUAUAAUAAAAUAAAACUUGAAAUG